AUGGCUCCGCACCGGGACGACGACACCCCGGUGCAGUCCGGCAAGCCGCACGCCGAGCACCUCCUGCACCGGUCGCUCGUCAUGCACCCGUCCAUGGUCACGUCCGCCAAGGGCACCCACUUGACUCUGAGCAGCGGACAGCGCAUCCUCGACGCCUGCGCGGGGGCCGCGGUUGCGGUCAUCGGCCACGGCAACGACGAGGUCCACGAUGCGCUGCUCGCCCAGGCCCGCAAGGUCAGCUACGUGCACACGCAGUCGUACACGACGCCCGUGGCCGAGGAGCUGGCCGACUUCAUCCUGCAGGGCAGCCCGCACGGCCUGGAAAAGGCCUUCUUCGUCGGCAGCGGCAGCGAGGCCGUCGAGUCGGCCCUCAAGCUCGCGCGGCAGUACCACUACGAGCGCGGCCAGCCCGAGCGGCUGCACGUCGUCUCGCGCAAGCAGAGCUACCACGGCAACACCAUGGCCACCAUGUCGGUCUCGUACAACGUCGCCAGAAAGGUGCCGUACCAGGGCUUCGCCUACCCGCACGUGUCGUACGUGACGCCUCCCUACGCGUACCGGUACGGGCUGGCGGGGGAGACGGAGGCGGCCUUUACCGCGAGGCUGCUGCGCGAGCUCGAGGAUGAGUUUCUGCGCGUCGGGCCGGACACGGUCAUGGCCUUUAUCGCGGAGACGGUCAUCGGGGCCACGGCCGGGUGUGUGGCCCCGCCCAGGGGCUAUCUGGCGGGCGUGCGGGCCCUCUGCGAUCAGUACGGCAUCCUGCUCAUCCUGGAUGAGAUCAUGUGCGGCACGGGCCGGACGGGGACCUUUUUCGCCUUUGAGCAGGAGGACGUCGUGCCGGACAUUGUCACGGCGGCAAAGGGGCUCGGCGGGGGCUACGCGGCCAUUGCCGGCAUCUACGUCCGCGGCAGGGUCAUUGACGCGCUGCGCCAGGGGUCCAAGGCCUACAACCACGGGCACACGUACCAGGCGCACCCGAUAUCGUGCGCGGCGUCCCUGGCGGUGCAAAAGAUCAUCCGGCGCGACAAUCUCGUCUCGCGGUGUCGCACCAUGGGCAAGGUCCUCGAGCGUCUCCUGCGCUCGCGCCUGAGCGACCUGCGGACGGUGGGCGAAAUCCGCGGCCGGGGGCUCUUCUGGGCGGUCGAGUUUGUCCAGGACCGCGAGACGAGGGAAACGUUUGACCCGAGCGUCGGGUUCGGCAACCGCGUCCAGCAGGAGGCGUUCCGCAGGGGCGUCGCGGUGUAUCCGGGCGCAGGGACGGUCGACGGCGUGAGGGGCGACCACGUCCUCCUUGCGCCGCCGUUUACCGUGACGGAAGAGGAGCUCGAGACUGUGUGCAGGGUUCUGCGAGAGGCAAUCGAGGCGCAGGAGGCGGCGGUGGCUGGCAUGGCGGCGUGA